GUUAUGCAUUAGGAAACAAUGAAAAACAUGGCUGACGUUUCAUUUAUCAAACAAUUAUAUACUUGGAAGAAAUUAUAUACAUAUUCACUUUUGAUUUUCAUUGAGUACAUACUCAAUGCUAUAGUUUAUCAUAGGUCGUGGUCGAAAGUUGUACCGGUUACGUCUUGGCCGCAGAUAGUAACGGUCGCGCUGGAAGCGGCGAACUGCCCGCCUAGUUACAACUGCGGCAUCAUUUCCAGUAACGGCCGCGGUAUCGGUACCCGCUUCUACGGCCUCGACGAAAAUGACGACAUCGCCCUUGUGGUCGAUGUUAUCGACUGCGUCACCGGCUUCCACAUAGAUAACGACGUUGGCCGUGUCCUGGAUUGUUGACGAUGGUCUCCUGAAAAAAUUACAUUUUAAAUAUAGUAUUUACCCGACCGGAGAGGGAAAACGACAAAUAUUUGUGUUUUUCUAUGUAGCGGAUAAUUUUUAAUUUCCAUUUUAUACCUAGUCGGCGAUAAUGGAAAAAAAUGACUAAAAAUGCCUUUGAAAUAAGGCUUACAACGGAUCGAUGAAAACCCAACGGUUAGGUUAGGUUGACCAUAUAAAAUAAACACAGACAAUAAUUUACUAUAACAACGA